AUGGUCAGCCAAACAUUUUUCCUGCUCGGCCGAAGGGAAGAUACAACUCGAAAAGUUGAGAUGAAUGGCCCUGAUUCCCUGAAUGCUAUACUGCCUGGCAUCGCAGCUGUCUAUGGUAUACUUCGCCCGGAAGGUAUUAUUUUAAGCAACCCCAAACUAAACUCCUCUAUGCUUCCUCGGGCUGAUCCCAUCACAGAAAUUCGUUUUCAUAACGAGCACGAACAGCUGGACAGUAUCGAGGAGUUGAUCCAGUGCAACGAUGCCGUGGGAAUCAGUAUCAAUGGCCAUCCAGUCAGGGAGCCGCAGCAGCCACCUGUAAUCUCAGAAUUUGGCAAUCAUUUCGAGAUUUACCCUGACCACAUAGGGAACCACCAGAGACUCUUCAACAAAUAUGGCUCUGUAAUUCGCACUGACAACUUUGGCCGGGUUACCUAUCUCGCCAAUGACCCAGACAUCACUGCUAUCGCUUUCCGGGAGGGCGAGUACUUCACUAAAGCUCCGUCGACAUUGAACCAUCCACUAUAUAGAAUUCGUGACCAGACAGCACUAUUCUUAUGCGAUACAGAUGCUCCGGCAUGGAAAGAUGCCCACAGAUACAUUCCACCGAGCAUGACGCCUCGCGCGGUGCGGCACUACACGCCACUGCUGCAGCGAUCUGUCGAGGCGUCAUUCCGGGUGCUGGAUAUCUUUGACAAGCAUGGUGAGGCAUUCAAUGUCUACCAGUUUACAGCCAAGCUGGCGUCUCAGAUCAUCUGUUAG